AUGUUUUAUUGUUCAAAUGGACUGCGUAUAGAUUGGUCAUUGGCUUGUGAUGGUAAUAUGGAUUGUUUAGAUGGUUCAGACGAGAGCAAAGACUUGUGCUCACGAUACGAGUAUGGAACAAAUAUAAGCAUGGAUUGCGGCACAGUGGAUUCCAAGGGAAGUAAACAAGAACAUUUCUUAGAAGCAAUACCUUGGAUAGUUGAUAUAUAUGCAAUGAAGAAAGAAUCAAACGAAUAUUACUAUUCAGCGGCUAAAAAUUUUUUGGGUUUCCGUAUAAGUGAUAGUCAAUUUUUGUUUAAAAUUGAUAUUCCCUUACAAACUGACCAUGAUAAUAAUCGCUAUUAUAUCGAUAUUGCUGGUACUCAACUCAAUGGAACUCAACAUGUUCAUACACAUACUGUAUUCGAACGAUUUUUUUCACACAUCGACAACAAUUCUUGUAUAGUAAGAAAUACUCCUGGAUACGGUUCACAAACGCUGAUUUAUUUUAAAUAUUGCAUCAGGUUGCAAUUCGACAUAAAUUACUAUGUUCCAAUCAUUCGUGGAAUUUUGAACAAACAUAGUACAGCGAAUUCAUGUGUUAUACCAACUGUCGAAGGAGUUGUACAUUCUUAUGAAGGUUCUCAUUCAAUUUUAUCACCCGGGGCAUUAAUUGAUCCUAACACUACUGUUAUUGAGAGCUGUAAAGUUGGAUAUCAUAAAGCUCAUCUGAAUGGUUUUAGGGUUUGUCAGAUAUAUGGAAUUUGGAAAACGUAUUCUGAAAAACUAUGUUUGAAAAUGUGUCCUCCUCUACUAUCAGAUAGCUUAGAUAUUAAAUGUAGUUAUAAUGAUAGUUAUGCUAAUUGCUCAAAUCCAUCGAUACCUGACACAAUAGCAACCACGAAAUGUAAGUCUGCUUAUGCUCUACCAAACGGACAAAAAGAGACUACAAUUGAAUUACAUUGUCAGUCGAACGGAAUGUGGAAUAAUGAACUAUAUAUAUGUGAGCCAGAAUGCGGUAAAACAUUUGUCAAUAACCAAGUACUGAUUGCGAAUGGUAAAAAAGCAAAUAUUGGAACGGCACCCUGGAAUGUGGCAAUAUAUGAACAAAAUUCCAAUUACGACUUAAUUUGUGGAGGAUCAAUUAUUUCUCGAAAUUUAGUCGUUUCUGCUGCUCAUUGUUUUUCGAAAAGUGUUACGGAAAAUAUUACAAUAAUAGUAAAUGACGGUCUAUACAAAAUCGCCGCUGGAAAAUAUGACAGAAACUUUAGAAAUAUUGACAGUGAAAUUACUAAAUUAAUGAAUGUGGAUAAGAUUUAUCUGAAAGAAUCUUAUUUUGGAGCUUCUGGCUAUUAUGCUGAAGAUAUAGCUGUUGUUGUAUUACAAAACAGUUUUUCUUUUAGUAAUAGUAUUACACCUAUUUGUAUGGAUUGGAAUGGUAAAUACAAUGUAUCCAAUGGAGAUGAGGGAAAGGUUGUUGGUUGGGGAGUUAUGGAAAACCACACUGUAAGUCCUGUUUUAUUAGAAACAGGUUUACCAUACAUUGACAUAAGAUCUUGCUGGAGUAUGUGUACAUAUGGAUUUAAAUCAUUUGUGACUACUGAUAAGUUUUGUGCCGGUUCUUCCAAUGUUUCAGGACAUGGUGUAGAUAAUGGAGACAGUGGUGCAGGCUUAUGCUUUUUGCAUUCUAAUUUUUAUUAUUUAACCGGAGUUGUGAGUCUCAAGGAUCCAGAUGCAAAUAAUUCAAUUUCACUUUAUACAUCAGUUAAGUACCACAUUCAAUGGAUUCGUCGACUGUAUAUAGAAUACAAGAAAUACAAAUAA